GGCUACCUUGCUACGGGGCGGAGCUAGGCUGAGGGGGGGUUAGUGGAGGUGUGUUGGGGUGUGGGAAAGGAAGGAGGAGGAGGAGAAGGAGGAGGAGGAGGAGGGGGACACAUUAGCUUCUUGGACAAGUCCUUCUGCCCCACUGUCAGGUUAGUUGAGAUUUUGUUUGUCCAAAGCGUUGGCAGCAGACAUGGACAUGGCAGACUACAGCGAGGCUCUGGACCCGGCCUACACCACCCUGGAGUUCGAAAACAUGCAAGUGCUCCCCUUGGGCUCAGACUCUUCGCCGACUGAAAGCACCAACAUGAACGCGAGCGGCCACCUGGGGGCGGGCAGUCUUUGUGCCAUAUGUGGAGACAGAGCCACCGGCAAACACUACGGGGCCUCCAGCUGUGACGGCUGCAAGGGCUUCUUUAGACGCAGCGUCCGCAAAAACCACAUGUACUCGUGCAGGUUCAACAGACAAUGCAUCGUAGACAAAGACAAGCGAAAUCAGUGCAGAUACUGCAGACUGAAGAAAUGCUUCAGAGCCGGCAUGAAGAAAGAAGCUGUGCAGAAUGAACGAGACAGAAUCAGCACCAGGAGAUCCAGCUACGAAGACAGCAGUUUACCGUCCAUCAAUGCACUCAUCCAGGCAGACGUCCUGUCCAGACAGAUCACCUCCCCCGCUCCUAUACUCAACGGCGACAUGAGGACCAAAAAGAUCGCCGCCAUCACAGACGUGUGUGAGUCCAUGAAACAGCAGCUGUUGGUUUUAGUGGAGUGGGCCAAGUACAUCCCAGCCUUCUGUGACCUGCCCCUGGAUGACCAGGUGGCGUUGCUGCGAGCCCACGCCGGGGAACAGCUCUUGCUCGGCGUUGCGAAGAGGUCCAUGCUUUACAAAGACAUCCUCUUGUUAGGAAAUGACCACAUCAUUCCUAGGAACUGCCCGGAGUUGGAGGUGGGCCGGGUAGCGGUGAGGAUCCUGGAUGAGCUGGUGCUUCCUUUCCAGGACCUCCAGAUGGAUGACAACGAAUACGCCUGCUUAAAAGCCAUAGUUUUCUUUGACCCAGACGCUAAAGGUCUGAGCGACCCUGGAAAGAUCAAGCGGAUGCGAUACCAGGUCCAGGUCAGCCUGGAAGACUACAUCAACGACCGGCAGUACGACUCGCGGGGCCGCUUCGGAGAGCUGCUGCUGCUGCUGCCCACGCUGCAGAGCAUCACCUGGCAGAUGAUCGAGCAGAUCCAGUUUGUUAAACUCUUCGGCAUGGCCAAGAUCGACAACCUGCUACAGGAAAUGCUGCUCGGAGGUUCGGCCAAUGAGGCUCCACACGCACCUCACUCCCUGCACCCUCACCUGGUUCAGGAACACCUCAGCAGCAGCAACAUUAUAGUGACCAGCAACAUGCCAACGCCCAUCCAUAACUGUCAAAUCUCUACUCCUGAAACCCCAAUCCCGUCUCCGCCUACUGCCUCCAGCUCAGAACAUUAUAAACUGGCUCAGGGGGUCAUAGCCACCGUGCCCAAGCACCCGACCUCCAUCCCUCAGCCUACUAUUACGAAGCAAGAGGCCAUCUAACGGUCCUCUAACCCUGUUUCUUUUUUUUCUUUUUUAUUGUGCUAAACCAGGGUCUUUAUAUAUAAGUUUAUACAUUAACAGCAAUGAAGCUGUUAUCUUGACUGAAACAAUAAAGUUGUUAAAUAUAGAAUAUGAUUGCAAUUAUGUCCCUUGCAGAUUGCUGUUUUUCUUCAGGGAUCUAUUUGUUCACACAUGCAGCUGCAGUUGAGCUCCACAGCUCAGCGAAAGCCAGAAAAAACUAUAAGCAUCAAACCUAUCCUAUUGUUGUACAUAUGUAGUUUUAUUAUUGGGUAACAUCACUUCCUUGAGCAUGGCCUCAGUGUGUGCAGCAAGGCUCAUGUUAGACAUGGUGACGUGAUCACGUCAGUAUUUUAUGAAUGUUACAGGAGGCCUUACAUUGUCAUGUAUUUAGUAUUGCACAGUAUUUUAUUUUGUUGUCAUUAGU